AUGGGAGAAGAAGAGCAGCGUCGCCAACCCCAUUCGCCCAAACCAGACACAGAAAUUACUGAAAACCCAACGGAGCAAGACUACGCUUGGCCUUCGAUUCGGUUCGAUGUUCCUCCACAGAGAACCUACCACUUCUGUCACCAGUUCAGAGCUUCUCCAAACCCCAACAACUUUCUCAGGGCGUCAAAUGGUCUCCAGAUGGGUCGUGCUUUCUUACCAGUUCCGAGGACAAUAUGCUUCGUGUUUUCGCAUUGUAAGUUUUCCAUUGAUUGCAUUGUGUGGAUUGCGGAGAGUACAAAAGGGGAAUGUAAAUUGUAUUUGAGUAAAGCAGUGCCAUUUGGUUUGGGUAACAAUUUUCGACCAGAUUAUGGGAGCGAUAAUGUUAACGCGUGUUCUGUAGCUGCUGAUGAAGAUUCCUAUGCUGCAAACUGUGUUGUGAAUGAGGGAGAGUCUGUAUAUGACUUCUGUUGGUACCCGUACAUGUCUGCUUCAGACCCAGUUACCAGUGUUUUUGCAACAACAUCUCGUGACCAUCCAAUUCAUCUUUGGGAUGCUUCUUCUGGGCAGCUACGUUGCACGUAUCGUGCUUAUGAUGCCGUGGAUGAAAUCACAGCUGCCUUUUCAAUUGCCUUUAAUCCCACUGGAACGAAGAUUUUUGCUGGAUACAACAAAUCUGUUAGGGUGUUUGAUUUACAUCGUCCUGGUAGGGAUUUUGAACAGUAUUCAACUGUUCAAGGAAACAAAGAAGGCCAAACUGGUAUAAUGUCUGCAAUGGCUUUUUGUCCAACCCAUAGUGGAAUGCUAGCUAUAGGUUCUUACAGCAAGACUGCUGCAAUAUAUAGAGAAGAUAAUAUGGAACUCUUAUAUGUAUUGCAUGGUCAUGAAGGUGGGAUUACACAUGUCCAGUUUUCAAAGGAUGGAAAUUAUUUAUAUACUGGAGGCCGGAAGGAUCCUUAUAUACUAUGCUGGGAUAUGCGCAAAGCUGUUGAUGUUGUGUACAAGCUAUACAGGUCGUCGGAAGAUACCAACCAGCGAAUUCUGUUUGAUAUUGACCCACUCAGCCGACAUCUUUGUACAGGUGGCCAGGACGGUAUCGUUCAUAUCUAUGAUCUUCAAACUGGACAAUGGGUAUCAGGCUUCCAAGCUGCAUUGGAUACUGUUAACGGAUUCUCUUUUCAUCCCUUUCUGCCCAUGGCUACAUCUUCUUCUGGGCAGCGAAGAUUUGUUGGUCCUGAUGAUGGCAAUGAGGAAUUGCAUUUAAGUGGUGAAGAAAACUGUGCUUCUGUGUGGAGUUUCUCUGUUGCUUCGGUGGUGGAGAAUGAUGUUAACAUUGACGGUGAUGAUCAUAACAGCCAUAACCUGCACCAAGAUCCCUAG